AUGUCUCAAACGAAAGGAGACAAUGGUCGCGUAACUAAAUCUCCAGAAAAGUCGAAAGACCCGCGUUGCAAACCUUGCUGUAACAUCAGCAGCAAUAGCAGCAGCGUUGGCAGCAGCGGUUGCAGCAGCGGUGGCAGUAAAAUCGACAGCAGCGGCGGCAGAUGGCAGCAGCGGCAGCGGCAACGGCGGCAGCGGCAGCGGCGGCAGCGGCAGCGGCGGCAGCGGCAGCGGCGGCAGCGGCAGCGGCGGCAGCGGCAGCGGCGGCAGCGGCGGCGGCGCUGGCGGCAGCGGCGGCAGCGGCGGCAGCGGCGGCAGCGGCGGCGUCAGCGGCGGCGUCAGCGGCGGCGUCAGCGGCGGCGUCAGCGGCGGCGUCAGCGGCGGCGUCAGCGGAAGCUGCGGCGUAAGCGGCAGCUGCGGCGUUAG